AUGGAGGCUCAAACUGCAUAUACAGCAGGAGCAACAGGUUACACUGUUGGUCCUAGUGCCACCCCAGCAUAUGCAGCAACUCAGGGUGCAGCCAGGGCUGCAUAUGAAACAACGUAUCAAGCUGUGGCUGCUGCAACUCCACAUGCUGCUCCUGCCACAUAUGCUGCAGUGAAUGCUGGAGCUGCAGCUGCACCAGUAACUGCUGCAUAUGAGUACAGCUAUGCUACUGCUCGACCAGCAGCUCCUGCAGCUGCUCAGCCUCCCCAGGCAGCUGCUGCAGGUUAUGACUCUACUAAGACAUACUAUCAACAGGCUCCAUCAGCUUCAGAUAAUAGAUAUCAAGGUGCUGCAGGCAACUCCACUGCCUUCAAGGGAUACAAUGCAGGUGCUGCAAACAGCCAAGGUGCUGUUGGACAGCAGCAGUCCUUCUCUGCACCUUUUCCAAAUCAGAAUGCCAAUGCAAACAAGGGGAAAGUUCAGUAUGCUACGUACUCAACGCAAACCAACUACGGAGGUAGUGGAGCAGUAGGCAGUGGGUCACCUGCUGUGGUGGGAGGAGCACCCACAGUGAGACCUCCCAACCCAGGACAAGUUCUAGUCGGCAUAGGGGGCACUGGCACUGGUGGAGCGGGAACAUGGGCACCAUUUAGGAAAGCUGGUACACAGCUUAGAGGUGGAAUGAGACCUCGAGCUCCUCCAAAACCUCAGCAGCUUCAUUACUGUGAAGUCUGCAAGAUUUCCUGUGCAGGUCCUCAGACAUACAUGGAACACUUGGAAGGGCAGAAGCACAAGAAAAAGGAGCAAGCAGCAAAGGUGGGAGCAGCAGCCACUCUACCUCGAGGUGGAUCUGCUUUGCGUUGUGAACUGUGUGAUGUCACUUGCACAGGGUCUGAUGCAUAUGCUGCUCAUAUUAGAGGAGCCAAGCAUCAAAAGGUGGUGAAGCUUCAUCAGAAGCUUGGAAAGCCUAUUCCUUCCACAGAACCAACCAUCAUAUCCAACAAAGCUGAAAAUGAGGAAAAGGGUACGAUUGAUAGCAUUACUCCAGGGAAUGUAGAAGGGACCAGCCCUGCUGCAAUCCCAGCACCUGCCAAAAAACCUGUAUCCAUCCCCAAGAUAAAUUUUGUGGGUGGAACCCAACUGAAGACAACCACAGCUGGAGCCAGAGAGGAGAAGUUGGAUGCAGAACUUGAUGCUGGAGACAGGGUAGAAUUCCCCAAAUUGCCUGAAGAGAAGGAUGUUCAGCCUGUUGGAGCUGACUACAUUGAUGAGAUUAAGAAUGAUGAGGGAAAAGUGAUAAGCUUCAGCUGCAAGUUAUGCGAGUGUCGCUUCAAUGAUCCAAAUGCUAAGGAGAUGCACCUCAAAGGACGUAGACAUCGUCUUCAAUACAAAAAGAAGGUGGACCCAAAUCUUCCAGUGGAAAUAAAACCAUCGCUGCGAAUGAGACGCAUCCAGGAGGAUCGUGCUCGGCGCCAGCAGGUUCAGGAGCGCAUUGCACAGAUGAGAGCAGAAAAGAGGCAGUGGCAUGCAGAGAUGCGGAUGUUGGAGGAAGAAGAACAUCUUUAUUGGGAAGAGCGCCGUCGAUACGAGGACAACAUGGAAUUUUAUUACAUGCGUCGUAUGGGUCGUCUCCCCCCGGGUCCUCCUCCUCCUGGCCCCCCCCUUCCCCCUGGUCCUCCUCGUCCAGGAUUUUUCCCCCCUGGUCCUCCAAUGCCUCAUUUUCCAGGUGGACGUCGUCCAGAAACCAAUGACGAUCGUCAUGUCAUUCACAAGCAUGGGGAGAUCUACCCCAAGGAAGAGGAGCUUCAGGCCGUCCACAAAAUUGUUGGGAACUCUGAGAAGGCACUGAAGUUGGUCUCGGACUAUAUUGCUGAAGUUGAUGCACCCCCAGAUGCAAAGGAGAAACCUGCUGCUGAGACCAAGGAUCCCAAGUGCGGAAUACCACUGACUCCUGAAGGGAUCAAGAAGGAAGGAGGUGGAGACAAGAAGGAUACCAGCAAUUACCCACGAGUCCUGAAGGGAGUGAUGCGUGUGGGGAACUUGGCUAAGGGCCUGCUGCUUCGUGGAGACAGCCGUGUUCGACUUGUUGUUCUUUGCUCCGAGAAACCCACUCGAGCACUCCUGGAACGUGUUGCGGAUAGCCUCCCCAAGCAGUUUGCUGUGGUGGCUCCAGAUGACAAGUACCAGUUGAAGAUGUGUGUAGAAGAAGCAGCCAUUGUGGUUUCAGAAGCAGACUGUGGGGUCGAGGUGCAUAUCACGCUUACAUCUCCUGUCAUGCGUGAACAGCUCCUUGCGGAAUCUCACCCCGAAGGUCAAGGUCAAGGCCCCCGCCCGGAUCCGCCUGAUGUCCUCGAUAAAGACAUUUGUCUCGAAGCGUUGGCUGAGCUUCGCCAUGCUAAAUGGUUCCAGGCAAAGGCUAACGGGCUCCAGAGCUGUGUGAUGGUGAUCAGGAUCCUGCGAGAUCUUUGCACCCGGGUGCCUACCUGGGCUCCUCUCAACUGUUGGGGCAUGGAACUACUUUGUGAAAAAGUCAUAUCCUCUGCUGGCACUCCUCUGAGUCCUGGAGAAGCUGUCAGGUGA